GAUACAGUAACUAUCUAGACCUAGACCAGGAAGUACAUGACCAACCGACUACUUCAGAGGAAAGAAAUGGUCUUUGAUAUCCUCCACCCUGGGAAGGCAGCAGUACCUAAGACAGAAAUUCAGAGGAAGCUAGCCAAAAUGUACAAAACCACACCAGAUGUUACCUUCGUGUUUGGAUUCAGAACUCAUUUUGGAGAUAGCAAAACAACUGGCUUUGACAUGAUUUAUGUUUCCUUGGAUUUUUCAAAAAAAAAAAACAAAUCUAAAUAUAGACUGGCAAGACAUGACUUGUAUGAUAAGAAAAAGACAACAAGAAAACAGCAAAAGGAACAUAAGAACAGAAUUAAUAAGUUCAGCAGGACUUCGAAGGAAAAUAUUGGUGCUGGUAAAAAGCUAAAGGAGGGAAGAUUCUUUUAUUUUUAA